AUGUCCUCUCCAGAGAUCAGCUCUCUCUCCUGGGGCCACAUGAAGGUGAAGGGGUGCUCUUCCAACUACAAGGACUGUAAAGUCUGGCCUGGAGGCAGCAGGACCUGGGACUGGAGAGAGACCGGAACCAAUGUGAGUGACACCAUAAUAUUCACAACGCGCAACAAUUCCGACAACUCGCAUCAUACAGAUCGGUGUAUGUACGUAUCCAGCAAUACAGCCUGGCACUGCACACCGAUGAGGUUUCUUUUUUCAUCCCAGCAUUAUCCAGGAGUUCAACCUGCUGAUCUGGAAGAGGUGCUAAAGAAGGGAAUAAACCAGUUGGUGAUUGGCAGAGGCAUGAGUGAAGCUCUGCAGGUUCCCUCCACCACUCUGGACUACGUGAAGCAGAAAGGCGUAGACGUCACAGUCUUGCAGACAGAGAGGGCUGUGGACAAGUACAACAAGCUGGCCAACCAGGGUGUGAAGGUGGGCGGAGUCUUCCACUCCACCUGUUAAUGCUCCAUCUUGCUGCGUUGACAGAGGCCUGUCAUGCACUGUUCUGCCAACCUCAUCAUCAGCUACAGAAUCUGAUUUAGAAACAUCUGCUUUUUGAACUCUGACACUGAUUUUCAGUUAAGAUCAUGUCAGCUCCAACAAAGAAAAGCUCAGGCAACUCCAAAAGCAAUCAUAGAAAUCUUAAUGCAGUUUUGUAUUUGAUUAGAUCUUUGUUUACUUGCUCUGAUAAACGGUAAGAAACUCAGGGAUAAAUUAAAGGUUCACUUUCAAUCAAAUCAGUGAUUAAAUGUGUACCUGGGAGCUGUUUUCCGUAGACUUCUGUGCCUUUAAAUGGGGUCUUGUUUCUUGUGUUUAUGAGAUGAGUCCAUUUGAAUUAUCAAUUUAUGACAUUGUAAGUGAAUCUGAGGUCUUUGAGAUUCCUGUUGAGUUUAAAUUUGUUUCCCUGUGGGU